AUGUGCACCUUCAGCUUGCUAAAGGCUUUAGAAGAUGCGUUCCUGGAGGAACAGCAUCCUCAAAAGAUGCAACAGCAGGCAGGUUCCUGGUUCGGUGAUUCCUCUCCAUCGACGGACCCCGGACAGCGACGAUAUCUUCACUCAGAUGCAGGACGACGCAGAAUGGACAACUUCCGCUUCUACGUGUUGACAAGUUUCCUGUUGUACACCUGCUCUGCUUCAAGGCCGAAUGUUGUCCUUCUUUUCGCAGAUGAUUUAGGUUUCGGAGACUUGGGCUGCUAUGGACACCCCAGCUCACUUACUCCAAACCUGGACCGCCUGGCAGCGGGGGGACUCCGGUUCACAGAGUUCUACUGCACCAGUCCGGUCUGCAGCCCGUCCAGGGCAUCUUUGUUGACGGGGCGCUAUCAGACCCGCUCAGGUAUCUAUCCAGGAGUGUUGUACCCAGGCUCUAGAGGCGGUCUACCUCUAAAUGAGACCACCAUUGCUGAAGUGUUGAAACCUGUGGGCUAUGCUACUGCUGCCACGGGGAAGUGGCACUUAGGAGUUGGGGCCAAUGGGAUGUUUCUUCCAACCAGGCAGGGGUUUGACCAGUACCUGGGAAUCCCCUACUCCCACGAUAUGGGACCCUGUCGCAACCUGACUUGUUUCCCUCCAGAUGUUAAGUGUUUUGGAUUGUGUGAUGUUGGCACUGUAACUGUCCCACUAAUGCACAAUGAGGUCAUCAAGCAGCAGCCAGUCAACUUCCUCGAUCUGGAAAGGGCUUACAGUGAUUUUGCAACCGGUUUCAUCACCGCGUCAGCCAAGAAAAAACAACCGUUCUUCCUCUACUAUCCUUCCCAUCACACCCACUACCCUCAGUAUGCAGGUCCAGGGGCAGCCGGGCGCUCUUUAAGGGGCCCAUUUGGAGAUGCUCUUUUUGAGUUUGACAACACAAUAGGAAACCUUAUGACAACUCUGGAGCAGACAGGAGUGAUCAACAACACACUGGUCUUCUUCACUUCAGACAAUGGGCCUGAACUGAUGCGUAUGUCUCGUGGAGGUAAUUCUGGCCCCCUGAAAUGUGGAAAAAGCACCACUUAUGAGGGUGGCAUGAGAGAGCCAGCCAUCGCUUUCUGGCCAGGGACCAUCAGGCCAGGUGUGACUCAUGAGAUGGCCAGCACUCUAGAUAUCCUCCCCACCAUUGCAAGUUUGGCAGGAGCCAAACUACCCCAGGUGAUGCUGGAUGGGGUCGAUAUGACAGAAAUCCUUGUCAACCAAGGAAAGAGUAAAAGGGAGGUGAUGAUGUUCUACCCAACAGAUCCCAGUGAGAAGUAUGGCCUGUUUGCUCUCAGGCUAGGGAAGUACAAGGCCCACUUCUAUACACGAGGUGCUACCCACAGCGAUACUACCCCGGACCAAGACUGCUCAGUAUUUGCAUCCCUCAAGGCCCACAACCCCCCUCUUAUUUUUGACCUGGAGGCUGAUCCCUCAGAGCACUACCCUCUCCCCCUGAUGGGAAAACCCGACCUCCAAGCCAUAUUGGAGAGGAUCAAGAAAGUCAAGGGGCAGUUUGAAGCCUCCAUGGUGUUUGGAGAGAGCCAGAUAUCAAAAGGAUCAGACCCAAACCUGGAGCCUUGCUGCAAUCCUCAGUGUAGCCCCAAGCCCAGCUGCUGCAAGUGUACGACUGGAGUACUGCCCUGAUUAUUGCCUCAAGAUUGUGCUGUGAAAGCAGAUUUUGUAAUUACAGCUACAAUAUAAUUAGUUUGUACUGAAAAAUAAUAUUGCAAAAAAUCUGUUUCCUCAAUGAGGAGAUGAUUUUCUUAAUAUUUAUAUUGACUACAUUGAGAACUAAAGUGUACCAAUGUACUGUUUAUUUACAGACAUAGAUGUAUGGAUUUUAUGUGAAAUGCUUUGCAAUCCCAUAAACAAAAAGUGGAUCUGAACAAUAACGACAACAAAAAGGAUUUCGGACAUCAAGCAUAUAUUUUAUUCAUAAGACCAAACCCAUGACAAGGCAGAGUGAUUCUUUUGUCAUUUUUUUUCUUUGUUUUUCCCUGGAAUUUUUAUUAAUUUUACAAGUCCUUGUUUUUAAAGAUACAAGAUAGGAUAUGUUUGUUCUGUCACAUAAUGUUUUGCUCUAGGUAUACAGUGAAGAAUCUUAUUAAUGUAUUAAAGUCAAAAGUUUGGUUUAACUGUUAGUGUAUGUCUGAGCGGCUAUAUGGGACUAGAUCCUCCUCAGAGGUUGUUUUUGUGUAGCUGUGUGGAAAGAAGGAGUUUAACUGGGCUGUGAUGAGAUAGAAAAACAUAACCAGAAGCAAAUAGAUACAGAUCUCUGAGAGGAGCUCAAAGGUGAUUACUAUAAUCGGCAAGACGCAAUAACAGUUUUCCAGUGGCAGCUGACUCAGUCACUAUUCAUCUCUAACAGCAGAUUGGUCAGUCGUCUGGUGGGUGUAUGUCACACUAAUGAUGUCACAUUUCACAAACGUGCCCUAAAUGUGCUGCUGAAGCCUGUCUGCAGAGAGUUAUGAAGUUGGCAGGAACCCAAAUUCCACCUGUUUCACAGAUUCUGAGUUAACAUCUUGUGAAGAAACACAAGACACUGAAAUAAAAUUAUUGCAGAUCUCAGA